AUGUCAUCACCGCACAAUGUUCCUUACGGUAGUCCGCGUUCUCUGUUCUCACCGACGCUGGGUAGCAUCGAGGAAGUCUUCGAGUAUGAGCCGCUUGACAUCACCAGCCAGCCAGCCAGUCCUCCUCUCACGCCACACGAGACGCAGGACACAUCUGUUGGUGUCCUGCCUGAGCCGUCAACUACCGCUGCGGCCACUCUCUCGGUAGGGCAGCGAACCAUGGGCAUCAUUGUCAGCCCCCGCAAAGGACGAACUACCUUGGCCACGUCCAAGGUCACCAAUGUUUUGCGCAAAGUGCUCGAGGCCGACCGAGUUCGAAGACGCCGAGCGUUGCGCAUUUACCUCAAGGCUAUUGUGUUCCUCAAGUUACUUCUCAAGUCACACGAGCGAUAG